UCCAUCGCCUCGUGUCGCCUGUUUAAUCUCGCCGGAUCCUCGCCCUGCGCUUCCCGGCCCCUUCGUGCCUUUCCCUCCCUUGUUCGGCGCGCCAAAUCAUCUCGUGCGAUGCCUGCAAAGAAGACAGUUAUUGAUUGCACAAGAGGCUUGAGUAGGGAGGAGAGGACCAUAGCCAGAAGGAACAGACUCGAGUCACUGAUUUCGAGUGGGGGUGAUGGCAGAAGAAAAAGGAGGGUUGGUUGGUUGGACAAACGAAUAGAGAAGUCGAUAAAAUUGCGGAAGGAAUUCGUAGCGUUAAGGGCUAUCGAGGAUGCUGAGUAUGAACGAAUUUUCAAGUUGGAACAUCCUGAUCAAGUUCCUUCAAGCAUUCCUUUCCAAGAGAAAGAGUUUGGCAUUCCAGGAUCUCCUGGGGAUGAAGCACUUCAAGCAGUCGGGGUCACCAAGCACAUGACUGCACAACUGUCUAGCAUUGUUGUCUCCCUUGCUUUGUUUGAAGGGGAUAAGAUGUUAUUUGCAUGCUCAGGCGUAGCUGUACCAUCAGGGAUGGCAUGCAAACUAGACCUGACAAGAUUUGUGACUUCAAGACGUUUGGUUGAUGAAUUUAACAAAAACAGAAAUCUAGACGGUAAAUUGAGGAUUGACGUGUGUCUUCCAAACAAUAGACAUAGGGAUGGGUUCUUGGGAUUAUACGAUGAACGCAUUGCUAUUGUCACAUCUUGUAACUGCGAGGAUUACGUAUGUCCUGUAGAUCUUGACCUUCAGGCACCGCGGCCUUCUGAUGGCAAGAUAAUAGCAGCUGCUCGCGCCUCUGAAUCUGGCCGUUUGAUGGUCACGCCUGGGUAUCUGACUGUAGACGGUGAAGCAAGUUGGGCACAAAUCACAGAGGCUGCACUUGGAGGACCACUCAUCGAUCAUGAUGGGAAGUUUCUUGGGGUGAAUCUUCAUAUUGAUAAUGCUGAAAGUACCUCGUUCAUAUCCCCGGGAGUCCUUCGCAAACGCUUGGAUUAUUUUCAGAUUCUCAAUACUGAAACUAUCGACUUCCGUGGAUAUUCCUUGCCUCCAGGUGUAUUUAGCAUAGUACCUUCAGGUUUCUGGAGAAGAAUUAAGCAGCUACAGUCCAAUGGCUAUCCCAUGCCACCACCACUUGUGCUUGAAUUCAAUGGCGAAUUGCUCAAUACAUUUGAGGAGGAGUUUGGUGAAUUACGUGCAUGGAAAGAUUAUCCUUACAAGGUGACAAACCCUGAUUCUUGGGAGUAUGUUUGGGGGCUACUUCCAAGAGACGUUGUCACAAACAUAUCCCGAAGUGUUGUCAAACUUGCUUCAUUCAAUGGAAGUGUGAGGUCUUUUGCAUGCAUAGGCUUGAUUAUAAAGUGGCCUGGAACUAAAGGCAUGCGCCCUGUCGUUCUCACUUCGGCCAGUUUGGUUAGAGGUCCUGAUGUUCACUCUGAUAUUGAUAAAAACUUAACGAUUGACGUGUUUCUCCCACCGGGGCAACAUUCCAAGGGUACAUUAAUAUACUACCAUUUAGGCAUUAAUCUUGCUAUUGUCAGUCUUGGUAAGGGUAUCCAUGGCAUUCGUCCAGUUGAUCUUUGCCGCAAAGAGGAUUUAUUUGAACCAGUAGUAGCUAUAGGGCGUCAAAUUGAAGAAGGAUUCUUAAUGGCAACAAAGGGGGAAGUUCGUUGCGUGCUUAGGUCAGAUUAUGGAUUCUCCACUUGCAAAAUCAAUAAGGCUGGGAUUGGAGGGCCCCUUAUUAAUUUUGAUGGGGCUUUUGUUGGCAUGAAUCACUAUGAUGGAAAAGAAGUUUGUUUUCUUCGUAGGCAUAAGAUUGUCGAAAUUCUAAAGAAAGAGAUCAAUAGGCGAGUACAAAGUGGAUCCAUGGGCAUGCUUCAUGGCGUGGGACCUAAUGAGCAUACCCGGUGGCCAGUGCCCCAGCCAUACUGGCGCCAUGAUCUACUUGAUGUCGAUUUGUAUGAGCUACCUCCGCAUAUUGGAAGAACACUCAUGUAGACUUUCUGUUGUUGGCGCCUAUAUAGGGCGCGCCGCUGUAGAUGCUCUUACUUAACUUAAAAGUUGAUGUUGGCUACGGGUGCGGCAUGGCAUCAGGUUAUCAGCAUCGGUGAAGUUUCAAAGCUCUGGUGCGCCGGUGCCAUUUAGCACAACUUUUGAAUGGGGGUCACUCAAGUAGAGUUACUUUUUAUAAUUCUUGCUUGAUGAAAUGUUGAUGCCUUUUUUAUGUUGAGGUGUGUAUGUUGAGGUUUGUACGUGCCUAAUAACUAGAUAUUACUUUAAGGAUGUCAAAAACUAUAGCAAAAGAAGGACAUGAUUAGCUGUGAAAACUAUUAAUAAACUGAAUCCCCUAUUAA